CGACAUCGAACGACGUCGGCGUGUCCGUGGGAUAUCCGUGCGUUGUGACGCCUCCCGUUCGUCCCGGCCGCUCGCGACGCGCGACUAUUCCCCGCGCGGGCGGCAUAACCUAAAACGGAGAAAGGCCCGACAUGUGGCUCGUCGCCACGCGGUCUUGCACGUCUCUCGCUGCACGGCUGCUCGCACUUGCUCACAGACAGUAAAUGUGUUGCGGAAAGAUCUAAGCGGGUCACGUGGGUAAAGUCCAAGUCCCGGGAGACUGUCGCGCGACAAGCAUGCUCGGCGCGAUAACCAAUGCUCGCGUUGCGCGGCCGAUAGUGCGAACCUGGCUGGCGAGCCACGGGGCGAAGUUGCGUCAGACGUCUCCGCGUCGGUUUGCCACGAACGAGCUGAAGAGGCGUCUCAAGGCCGAGCAGAAGGCCAAGGAGAAGACCGACAAGGAGCAGGCCAGGACGCUCGCAGCGGCGGCUCAACCGAAGCCCUCUGAGAAGAAGGAUGUCAAGGAAGAAGAGAUCAGUCCAAAUGAAUACCUUAAGCUCCGGACGAAUUUGGUUAAUCAGCUGAAGACUGCCAAUGACAAUCCUUAUCCGCACAAGUUUCACGUGUCGAUCUCUCUCGAGGAGUUCAUCGAGAAAUUUAAGGAUACAGUAAAAGAUGGUGAGAUACUCCAAGACGAGGUACAUAGCGUUGCUGGACGCGUUCACUCUAUUCGAGGAUCCGGCGCCAAGCUGAUCUUUUACGACCUUCGUGGGGAAGGUGUCAAAGUGCAAGUGAUGGCCAACGCGAGAUUGUACGAGAAUGAGGAGAAGUUUGUAGCAGACACCGCAAAGAUUAAGAGAGGCGAUAUCAUAGGCGUCGUCGGCAAACCUGCCAAAAGUCAGAAGGGCGAAUUCUCGAUCAUACCGCUCUCUAUUACCCUCCUGAGUCCAUGUCUGCACAUGUUGCCGCAUCUCUACUUCGGCCUCAAGGACAAGGAAACGAGAUUCCGACAGCGGUACCUGGAUCUCAUAUUAAAUGAUAAAGUUCGACAAACCUUCCACACACGCGCCAAGAUAAUCGCUUAUAUGCGCAAGUUUCUUGACGAUAUGGGUUUCUUAGAAGUCGAGACUCCGAUGAUGAAUAUGAUCGCUGGAGGAGCGACCGCCAAACCCUUUGUUACGCACCAUAACGAACUCAAUAUGGAUCUGUUCUUGAGAAUUGCCCCGGAGUUGUAUCUCAAGAUGUUAGUCGUCGGUGGGAUCGACAGAGUGUAUGAGAUCGGUAGGCAAUUCAGGAACGAGGGCAUCGACAUGACUCACAAUCCCGAGUUCACCACCUGUGAGUUUUAUAUGGCGUAUGCCGAUUACAAUGACCUGAUGGAGAUGACGGAGAACAUGGUGUCCGGCAUGGUGAAGGCCAUACAUGGAAGUUACAAGUUAGUGUACCAUCCGGACGGGCCGGAGGGCAAAGCAUAUGAAAUCGACUUCACACCGCCCUUCAAGCGCAUCUCGAUGAUGAAGACGUUGGAAGAGGUUCUGCAGGUCAAACUACCUCAAGCCGAUCAGCUUAACACACCAACAGCAACCAAGUUCCUUAGCGAUCUUUGUGACAAGCACCAGAUCGAGUGUCCUCCACCUAGGACAUCGGCGAGGUUGCUAGACAAGCUCGUAGGAGAUUUUAUCGAAGAAACUUGUAUCAAUCCCACCUACAUUAUUGAUCAUCCGCAAGCAAUGUCUCCAUUGGCGAAAUGGCACCGAUUAGAGAAGGGUCUUACUGAACGGUUCGAGUUAUUCGUUAUGAAAAAGGAAAUUUGCAAUGCAUACACCGAACUGAAUGAUCCAAUCGUUCAGAGAGAAAGGUUCGAGCAGCAGGCAAAGGAUAAAGCAGCGGGCGACGAGGAAGCACAAUCGGUUGACGAGAAUUUCUGCACAGCUUUGGAGUACGGUUUGCCGCCAACAGCUGGUUGGGGAAUGGGUGUGGAUCGAUUAACAAUGUUCCUCACCGAUUCGAAUAAUAUUAAAGAAGUAUUAUUCUUCCCUCAAAUGAAGCCGGACGAUCCAAAUAAAAACAAGGAAGUGACUGAAGAUGAUAAAGCGUCAAACGAUAGUGCAGAAAAAUAAAGUUAAAAUUAUUUAUAAAAGUAUACAUAAAACUGAUAAAAUUUGAAAAGUA